UUGAAUUUGGGCAGAGUUGACAUAAUUUAUUGAGAAGAGUUGGUGGAGGUAAGUAACCAUUUGAAUCUGGAACAGAACAUCACAUUUACAUUAUCAUAUUGUAGCAGGGUACACUUAAAAUAAAUUAUUUGAAACAAAUAUCAAAGUUACUCGCUCAUGGUUUGUAAAAUCUUUAAAUCCAAUACUCAGAAGGGAAAAAUGCCAAAGAAAACUGAUCCUGAUAAUGUACUGACACAGGGCACAUCAAAGGAAUUUUGUAAAGGGUGUCAAGUGACAUGGGAUGAAGACAUUGAAUCAGAUAGUGACCGUCUCUGGGUUCAGUGUGACCUGUGUGAUGGCUGGUUGCAUGCUGAAUGUAUUUCUGGGUUAAUUGACACGAAUGAGCAAUUCAUAUGUCCAGAUUGCAUGUAAAAAGUAAAUAUUUUUUAUUUUAUUUAAUUUGAUGGAAAAGCGUAUGUACUUCGUAGCUUGAUUGCAGAGGCUCUUGUUAAUUAAUCAUUUACAUAAUAAAUUGUUUGAAGACACAUCAAAUUAACAUUAAGGUUUAUUUAUGUAUGUUUUUUACAAAUUCUGUAUUUAAUUGAAAUGAUUUUCUUUCAGGUACCACCACCACCACCUAAUAUAACUGCCAUCAAAGCCAGAAGAGGAAGAGGCCAUGAUAUCUCCACAGACAAGGAAGCCCAUGAUGAACCACAGUCUUCAGCAAGCUGUUACACAUCUAUCACAUUAGAGAACUCAGUGAUAAAGGGGUACCAUGUGUACAAGAUAAAACCCCCAAUAACUGACCCUGUGACAAAGCUUGUUGUAGAUAGGGAAUAUACCAACAUCAAGGAUAAAGAUGCAUGCCUUGUGUGGAUUCCUGGACUUUCUGAGUUUGAUAUCACUUUACAUGACAUGGUAACCGAUGAUAAAAGACAGCUGAAGUUGUCAGAUAUAGCUGCACUUCCAAUUGGCCACGUACCACGCAUUCUUGCAAGUUGUUUUUACAAUGUACUUGAUUUGGGUGGACACGUGUGUGCCAUCAUGACCGGUGAACCAACGCCCAGUUUCCCACCGUGGCCUGCUCCAUCUGAGAGUGGUGGUGGCGUUGUGAUUCCAUGUAAAUAUGUACUUACAGCAGAAGAUGAAGUGAACACUAUACAAAUGUUAAGAGAAACACUCAAAAAGAUGCCCGAAGGUUAUGUGAUGAAAAUAGUUGUUAAUUGACAUUGAUAUACUUGUUAUUGCCAUGAAAAUAAGGUGGACUAAAACUGAUAUAUAAAGUAAUCAGUUAAUUCAUAUGUCUUGUAUUUAGAAUUUAAUUGGCAUAGUUUUGUUUUCAACAAAUCUAGUGAUAAUUUGUUGCUCAUUAUUUCUCACCUGCAAUAGAACUGCUUGAUGUUAUUGAUCAAAGAAUCUCCAAAUUACAAUUUUGAUUGUAAUAAGUACUUUAUAUGGGUUGUGGUUUUGUUUAGUUGUUCAAUGUUUUAUACUCAAAGUAGCUUGAAUUUUGAUUCAAAUUGUUGCAUCUUGCCAUCAAUCUUGUUCACUCCAGUUUUUGUGAUAUCUGUGUAUUUUGUUCAGGUUUAAGAAAUAGAUUUACCUCAUACUAUUUCUAACAGCUUUUAACCUAUUACCUCAUAUCAUUGCAUAGGUUAGUACCAUAAUAUCAACACCUAGCUCAGGCUAGCUGGUCAAAAUUUCUAGUCAACUUGUUAUGUGUUUAUAUAUAUUUGUUCGUAUUUUACUUUAUAAAAUGUCUGUGAUUUAAUUCUUGAUUAUGAUGUGAUUUACUGUGAUUUUAUGAUUCUGUUAUCCUCAAUCAUUGUCAAAUUAUUUUUAAAUGAAAAUAAAUGAUCUCAAUCAGAAUGAGUUUAUUCUAUGCAUAGAAUUAGUAAAUCCUAUUCAUAAACAGUUCACAGAUUUACUAGCACAUGUAUGCAUACACAGUUAUUAUUCAUAUCCAUUUUGAAGAAAUUAUACAGUUAUAAAAAGUCC